AUGACGUCUACAUCUCUCUCAUUCGGGGCGCUCCAAACGAAUGUCCACGUUGGCGACCCUGUACAACUCCAAUGGUUCGGUAAUGAAUCUGUGAGCAUACUUUUCUUUUCCGACGCAUUCACGGGCGCAAAGUCUAACGCCCCAAACACUCAGCCUAUAAGUUCGACACUCUGCCUAGACAGAUUUAGAUCGUUCCCGAUCGUCUCUGUCAUCGGUAGCAACAUCACGGGCGAGUCAUACACGUGGACGCCAAGUGACUCCCUCUCGACCGAUCAUUAUAAGAUUGAGCUCACGCAACAGAACGAAGACAGCGUAAUGAGUCUUGAUAUAGCACUUGGUGGAGGCGAGACUAACAGCGAUCUAUCGGAUUCCUACGAAGUCCCACCUUCUGGUGACAACGCUGUUUCCUCCACGGAGUCUACCGAAACUGCAUCCUUUACGCAAGCCUCGGCCGCAGCCUCAACUAGCUCAUCAAGCAAAUUGGCAAGUGGGCACAGUUCCCCAUUGGCCCCCUUGACCGCAACAGUGACUGCGCUGGCCCUACUGCAACUACUCUGGCUAGUACGGCCCCCUCACCAGACGGACAAAACAUUUCAGUGCUCCAGCAUGAUGUUGGUGAUGGUGCUAUAG